UGCAAUGUUUUGUGCGCAUCACUGCAUGCAUGCACGCAUCCGUCCAAGCGAAUUUACAAAACAUAAGUCCACUAGCAGACGAUUCUAUCCCUUUUCUGUAUCGCUGACAUAAGGCUCCUCCGCAACAGGGGAAACAGGAAGAAACGCAAUCUAACUAACAAGUAACUGAGAUCUUGUUUAUGACCAGAGGCCAUUGCUUUCUUCAUCACCCCACGCAAUCCGCUCGAAAAUAGUAAAACACAUGCCGGCCUGCUGACACUAUAAAACUGCUUCAUACUGUAUGCUUUGCACUGCCUCGAAACUUCUCACUUGCUUCAAAUUAGACCCUUCCUCUCAAAUACAGAGGUUUUCAUUAUUUCUCAUCCUAUUCGAGGACAAACGUGUGUCUGAACGUACAGCGAUCGACAUCAACUCGUGGCCGGCCGGGACUCUCGUUUAUAACGGAUUUGCAUUGAUUUUUUUGGUGAAGUUUGGAAAAUGGCGCCGAUAUAAUGCCACCCCUUCCCUUCCCCUCCAACAUACAUCAGUUACCUUCAUAUCCGAAGCAUCGAUUUGAGAAAAUGCAUUCAGCGAGAAACCUCCAUGAAGCAGCUUUUUCUGGAGAUUACGGAAGCAUUGAAAUUAUGCUCAGCCAAGGACUGAGUGCCGAUCUUGAGCUUCAGCAUUGCCUCACGCCGCUACACAAGGCAGCCAUGAAUGGUCAUUUAGAUUGUGCUCAACUCCUUGUACAACAUGGCGCCGAAGUCAAUGCAGUAGAUGCAGCAGGUCGCAGCCCCCUCCACUAUGCGGCCUCUAAUGGAUACCUGAAAGCAGUGAAGUGGUUUGUAGAGGAAGCAGAUGCCACCCCGGGUCUCCAGACCAAGAAGGGACACACUGCAAGAUUAUUUGCCAAGAAGCAUGGGCAUGGCAAAGUGGCAGUUUAUUUAGCUGAAGUUGAGAAUAGAUUAUGCGGCCAUCCCUGGCUUGGCACGACACUACCAACCUAGAUCCAUCACCAUGAUGUGCUCCUUCCUUCUCUUGCCUUUAUCUUCAUCGUCUGUGUGAUGUAUGUCCAACCAGCCGUCCAGAUGUUCAUCGCUAUUUUUGUACGUAGUUCUAGAUCACAAGGCUUAAAUCAAUUCUGCUUUCAACUGACAGAAUUAAGUAAUUCGUGUGAUGAUGGGGUGUGACGUUGUCCCCAUGCAGUCAUAGUUCGCGAACGAUGAAUUGGUACACUGAUCUGUCACAUUAUUAUGUUUUACAUGUUUGAAUGAAGCUCACGUGAUUUGGGUGCAUUCUCAGACCGACAGCACUCGAGGCCCAUGCACAACAUCAAUCUCGUAAAACUCAAAAGAAGUUGCCAAAAGAUCCGGUAUUGUUGGCUGUCGGACUCUUGGAUCGUCAGCAUUUUUUAACUCUCAAAUAAAGUGUCAGAAUAUACAUUAAUAAUUCAUUCAUAAUAUUCUGUUUUGGCGCAUGUCAGCAUGGUCAUGUUGUGAUUAUCAUCCCUAUUUAUGCACCGCCAAAGAGCUUUGAAAAUUAUUAUACCGGCUAUUAGAAUAAUAAUAAUGAUAAAUGUAACUCAAUAUAGCGCCAAAUCCACCGUGUGGAAUGCUCAAGGCGCAUGUAGCAAUUAUUAAGAAUUAAACAGAAGCGUUUCUACAUGAAAGUAUUGGGAGCCCAAUUUGAAGGCAAAUUUUCACUUAAAUUGUAUCAUAAUGUGAAAGAGGAUGUCAUUUAUUGGUCAUUUAAGACACAUUUCUGCAAGGAUUU